AUGAGAAUCUCAUUUGUGGGGGAGACAGUGAGAGACAACGCCAAGAACUUUUCAUACAAUGGAUCGAUUUUCACAGUAACGUGUGAAAAAGAUUAUGAUGAACUUCGAUGUAAGAGAGUUGAAAGGGGCAUGCUGGCUUUAGAUCAAAGGAAGAGGAAAACAACAGUGGCCGUUCACGUUUGUGCUGCUGCUGCUUUCAUAUUUGACAAGCCAUGUUGUCUUUGGACCCGCAUGAUAGAUUUCGAAUCAACCCCUAAUCAAUGUUCGGAGAAAAUCUAUAUAUUAUUGUAA